AUGCAGAAUAACAACUCAUGUGACAUGAAGGAAGAUCAAAAAUUGAACUCCGAUAGGGGGAAUCGAACCCCCGGCUGCCGUGUGAGAGACGGCGAUGUUAGCCACUACACCAUAUCGGACUGGUACGAUAGUGCUUAUGUCGGUUUAGUGUACUACACCUCUGGUCUAGCUUUUAUCCUUGUCGGCAUUUUGGCGCUUCUCAUAACAUCAAUCCACCAUGCUCUCGGAUGGACUUCCUCUGUUGGCUUCGACAGUGGUGUGUAA